AUGACAACGGCUAGAUUGAUGGAUUUACCAGACGGGGACUAUCACAUUGUGUAUCAAAACUUAAAAAGUGAUUUCAACAAUUCUCAGGUACCAAGUGCAGAGUUGGAGUCACGCAUGCCUAACCCGGAAGCAUAUGCUAACCCUGUUUUUACGCUAUCGCAAAGGACAGGUACCUCUCCCUUGCUACCCUCGGUGGACCAAGAAACUUUUCAUCACAAGUAUCAACUCCUGCGAAGAAACCAUCCAAAUCGUGGAGCUUUCUGUGUUUCACCGCAUCGAAAUUUCUUGGACUCAUACGCAUUUCCAGAGGAGGGCUAUAACAACCCAGACUACUUGCCAUUCCAGGAUAAACAAACCGACAUACACGAUCAGAAUGUUUGGUGGCACCGUUCACCAGUGAGGCUGCCUGGAGCGUCGAAUGUUGAAAGCCCUUUGGGGGCUGGAGUAAACUGUUCGGCAGCCAACAGAGACUGGCCCUCUUCUUCGUUUUUACAAAAUUAUCUUCCCCCUUUCCAGCCGCCAACCCCUAAGGAUCUUCAUCCGCAACUGCCUUACUUUAUGUGCAAGCAUUUCCCAAAUGAGAUUCACGCAGCUGCUGCCGCUGUGCUGGCGCUAAAAGGUGGAAGUGUGGAUCCUUCAGAGAACAGUGGUGGUAACUUUCCGUCGGACCGAUUCGCAAUCGAUGCUUCGAACUUUCAGACAUCACCUUCAAAUUCCACUGCAUUCCAUAGUGCCAGCUCAGAUGGUUAUACUGGAAGGUACAACCAAACUGAUUAUCGUUCGCCUGCGAAAGAUAAACAUUGCGAUCGACCGGCGCUAAGAAGAAAAAGACGACCAUACACACGGUUUCAAACAAUGAUAUUAGAAAAGGAAUACAAUGAAACGUCCUAUAUUACGAGGCAAAAACGGUGGGAGAUCUCAUGUAAGCUUCAACUGACCGAAAGACAGGUCAAAGUGUGGUUUCAGAAUCGCCGGAUGAAGAGCAAGAAGCUUCGAUCACGUCUGGCUCUCUCGGAAGCAGAUCCAGUAGACACCGAUGAAGAUCCACCAUGCUCGGUUCGAACUCGAACCGCUAUAACCAAAAAUGAAACAAACGGAUGGAAGUCAAGGAGCUCCGGUUUGCCCGAAAAAUUACAUCCUAAUAAUGACAUCAACGAUGGUCUUCAUUUCUCCUUACCUUAUUCGGAACAAACAUCCCAACAGCCCCACUUUUCUCUCAACAGCAUGCUACACUGUCCACAAUGGACGGAUUCAUUUACCCACGAUACUUCUACGUUCAGAACAGCGGCAAACUUGACUGAUUAGCUUGUACCGCUGUUCAUUUCCAGCACUGAUUUCAGGGACCCUAAAAUGUAAAAGGUGCCAGACAAAAUGUUAGCCGAACAAGUGCACAAAUUGUUAUGAAAAUAAUGUGAUGGACGCUUAAAAGGGUAACAGAGUAGACCAAGCUGUUACUCCCUUCUGCAUCCAAUUGAGUGGACGAAUCUAAAGACUGCCACUUGUAAAUUUUCUUUUGAUGCCGGUGUUUAAAUUUUGAACCUAGA